AAGAAACAAAGAAGAAGAACAAUAACACGUGUGGACGAUGGGUCAGAGUGCAGAGAUCAGAGUGGAGAAAAUGGUUGAACAGGCGGAGAUCCGCGUGGUUCGCUGUGGUGGAAGCAAAAUAAACGACAGGGAAGCUAUAAUCACCUUUGAUUCAAAGUUCUUGCUGUGUGCGUCGGGGGACUCAGUGAAAGUGUACAGCACAAGCACAGAAGAAUGUGUACAUGUCCUAGAGGGUCACACAGACCUGGUCACAGGGCUGGCCUUCAACCCAACCAAUCACCUACAGGUCUACUCCUGUUCACUAGAUGGCACUGUUCGACUGUGGGACUACACAGAUGGCAUCCUCAUUAAGACAUUGGUUCUUGGAUACAAGAUCUUCGCUCUGUAUGUGGCAAAGAAGCACGAAGGGGUUGUGUUUGUCAUUAUCCCCAUGGUGACUGAUACGGACUCGGAGAUGUUCCAGCUGGUCGCUGCACAUUUACCCAAAUCCACGGGACAGGAAGUGGAGGUCAGGGAGCUCUCAUCUGUUCUGACUGAUGUCAGCCCCUCCCCCGGCGCCACCUCCAUUGGCAGAGGGGGUGAAUAUGUCGCCACUGCAAAGGGUCUCCAGCUGUCUGUGUUCUUUUUCAAGAAGCAGAGAACGUACAGGUUCUUCCUCAAGGCCAGUGAUAAGAAAGGGGCGAAGAAUGCCUUCACGUGCGUCAGCUGCCACCCUAAAGAGGACUGCAUUGCUACGGGCCACCUGGACGGCAAAAUCCGCCUGUGGAGAAACUUUAAUCAGAAGAAGGAGUACACGUACUCCACACAGCAUUGGCACCACAACGCCGUUUCAGCACUGUCCUUCACUCCUGAAGGUACUAACCUCCUGAGCGGAGGAAUCGAGGCUGUUCUGGUCCUGUGGCACUAUGGAGCCGAGAGCAGGGAUCUGCUGCCACGUUUGGGCUCGGCCAUCGAGCACAUAUCUGUCUCGCCAGACGGGACGCUCUUCUGUACCUCUCACAGAGACAACAAGAUUACUGUCAUCAACAGCAACUUGAAAGUAUCGGCUGUCAUACAGGGGUUGGUCAAAGGAGAAGACGUCCGGACUGAUUUAGUAAUUGACCCUCGCACUAAAUCCUUAGUGCUUAAUGGGAAACCUGGGCACCUGCAGUUCUACUCCCUCCAUCACGACAAACAGCUGUACAACCUGGACAUUGUACAGCAGGAGUACAUCCACCAGUCGGGCCUGGAGCAGUUCCAUGUGGUCAAGGCUGCCUUCCACUCCCGCGGGACCUGGCUGGCCACUGUGGAGGAGCGGAGGGAGGGGACCUCCGAGCUGGAAUCCAGCCUGAAGCUGUGGGCCUACGAUGAACAGACCCAGAGCUUUGUGUUGAACACCAGCGUCUCGUCCCCCCACGAGGACCGAAUUAUGGCCAUGUGCUUCAGCCCGGACGCAGAGACCACCCUGUUGGUGACAGCGGGCAAGGACGGCCACUUCAAAGCCUGGCAGCUGGCCGAAGACUGGGAGACGCACCGUGAUGGGAUCUCCUGGUCAUGUGACUUUGUGGGCAGCUACCACCACCUGAGACCCACAAACUGCUGCUUCUCUGCCGAUGGGUCCCUGCUGGCGGUCAGCUUCCAGGAGAUCGCCACGGUUUGGAGCCCUGACUCCUGGGAACUCCUCCUGACCCUAUGCCAGCCUCCUGGGGACAUUAGGGACCUUUGUUUCGGGAGGUUGAGCUGUUCCAAGUUCCUGCUUGGUACCACCUCCAAAAACCUCCUCUGCUGCUGGGACAUCCUCACAUGCUCACUAAAGUGGAGCACCAGCAUGGAUGUGACUCUGCUCCAGGCUGACCCGCUGUCUGAGAACAUGGCUGCCUUCUGCCACACAUCAGGAACUACAGACUUGUUCGUGUUUAAGCCCAGUGAGCCCCGCCCACUUUACUCCCAGAAGGCAGUGUGUCCCGGUAAAGUGCACCGUGCUGUCUUUGCUCCGCGGGAGAGGGCGCUAGAGAGCUGUGAGGAGCACGCCCAGUGGCUCAACCGAUCCCAGUUGUAUUUCAUGACAGAGCAAAUGGAUUUAAUGACAUUCAGCACAAAGUCCGAGGAGGAUAAGAUAAUGGCUUCAAGUCAACAGCUUGUGAUCGAUGACAGUGUUGCCAUGACGCCGUUCUACUUGUUGCUGGGGAAACACCGACAACAGCAACAGGAGAAGCAGAACCCAUUGACCGCUCCGAUGACAACACGAGUCCAGCUUCCACAAGGGUCAGGUGCUAUCAGAGAGUUGUUGAACACCCCAGCCCACGUCCUGCCUUCUGCCUCAGUUCUGUGCUCCAUGUUUGUAAACUCUCUCCUCAUCUCUAACACUGGAGUAAGAGAAGGAAGUGAAGCCAAAGAAGAGGAAAUGGAGAGCGAGCUGGAGGAAGAAGCCGACUCCGAAGAGGAAAUGGACUCCCGUGACUCUCAGCCAGCCCGUGUGAAUGAGACCUGCGUGGAAGAAGUGCCAUCGUCCAUCUCCCGAGCGCAAGAGAGGCAGCUCAGGACGGCGCGAAAAACGGACUACAGCUGGCUCAGUAGUUCCCCGCUAUGCUCGCCGUGACUGCACAGACCUACACCAUCCCGUCUUGAUAUUGUAUUUGUAUUUUGUUUGAAUUAAAUACAUUUUUGUUCUACAUUUUAAA